AACAAAAGUUGGAUAUGUGAAUGGCAUGGAAGUUCCGGACGACUUUUUGUUGAUGAUUGAUCAGUUGCGAAGCAAUUCAUCGAUGCUCCCGCGUGCAGCGUCCCGGCAGAGUGCCCAAAAUGGUACUACGGAGAGUAACAGACGCUGUGUUUGUGACAAGGGUAUCUGCAAAUGCUGUACUGGCUACUUCAUGGAUUUGUUGAAGCAAAAGGCUUGUAUGCGAGUUACAUAUCACCCGGGAGACUUUGCUUUCGAUGUGGCCAUGUCCCUCAACAAUAGGAUACUCUAUGAAAACUCUUUGUCAGGCAAAAAUCCCAGACCAAUAUGCAUAAGCCCACCAAGGAUAAACAAUUUGAAAGUGUGCGCGAAGUUCUACAACGUGUUCUUCCCAGGAAGGAACUUUCACUUUUGUUUGGCAAUGACAGGACAUUGGCGGUCGUUUGAACUCUUCAAUUUCGCUUUUGACUGCUUACGGAUGGGUGCCAACGGCAUAGCGAUGGUUAAACCUUACGAAGACGUCGGGAUACCUAUCCCAGACCCUCAGGGAGGAGUGGAUGCAGUCAUCGAUGCCGGAGACGAAGACAUAGAUGAUUAUGACGAAAACGUUGUGCGGUCUAUAUUGAAUCUGUUUGACCGAUAAGGAGAUGAUGAUGAUGAUGGUGGUAUUGGUAAUUCUACCUGAUUCAAUGACAAGUUUUUAUGUUAUGUUUUU